UGUUUUUUCCAAUGAAACGGCCUUUAGCAGUUUCUGGAACACUCGAGGUGGUUCAUGGGCCGUUCUCCACUUCGUAUUUUUAUCCUUCGACACUACUUCUCAUGGUUGUGAUCAAAGCUCUCGUCUUUCUUCUUCGUGCUCAUCGUAUUCGUCUUCACGUCUGCAUUCAUUGUUCUUAUUCUUCCUCAGAAGAUGAGCCGACACCCUAUUGUGAAGUGGGCUCAGAGAUCAGACAAGGUUUAUGUGACUGUUGAUUUGCCUGAUGCUAAAGAUGUAAAGGUCAAGCUAGAACCUGAUGGAAGAUUUAAUUUCUCUGCAAAGAAAGAUGAAAUUCCCUAUGAAGUUGACUUGGAUCUAUUUGAUAAGGUCAAUGUGGAGGACAGCAAAUAUAAUGUUGGUGUAAGAAACAUAGUUUAUGUUAUAAAGAAAGCGGAGAAGAAAUGGUGGGACAGGUUGAUCAAGCCGGAAGGAAAGCCUCCUGUGUUUGUCAAAGUUGAUUGGGAUAAAUGGGUUGACGAAGAAGAAGAGAACGAGAGAGCAGGAAUGGACUUCGAUGACAUGGAUUUCUCGAACUUAGACAUGGGUGGGGAUGAUCUUGAUUUGGAUGAUUUGAAGGAACAGGAAGUCUGUGCAGAUGAAGUCGAAACGAAAGAAGAGGAUGGGCAGAAAGAGAUGGAGGUGGGAGAACCGCCUGCACCGGUGGCUGAGGAAGCUAAGUCUUGAUUGCUUUGGAAAGACAGAAAACGGAGACCCCUAUCCUUGACACGAGCUGUGUGAAAGUGAGGUUUUAUGGUUACUGGAUCAAUGAAUGCUUACAAACUCAAGGUUGCUGAAAUUGUGUGCCUUUUCUUAGGUCUAGCCUUUCUCAAAUUGUGUCUCUUUUAUUGUGUGUAGGCAUUCUCACAUUAGCAUGUAUGCCAUACUCUCUCUAUGUUGUCAUGGCAGUAAGGAUCAGUUCUGGUAAAAGGACAUUUCUGGAGUCAAAAUAUCAUGAUACAUCUUGUUUAUGGCUAUAAA